GCUGUCGCGUCCCGAGUUAGUCUGGUGGUAGCGAUCGAGCAGAUCGGACGCAGUUCGCUGGUUCUAACGGCUUCUAGCUGUGUGUGUGAGAGAGAGUGCGUGUGUGCUCGUAUGUGAUCUGUGUUGUUGUUUAGUGAACAGCAGUAGUAGCCUUCACCGAGAGAUCCUUAGCAACAAACGUCUUCUCCCCUCCAGAGAAAAAGCUUCAAAGUAAGUGAAGAGUCGGCUGGCAGUAGUCUGCCCAUAGCGUACACGGCGUCGGCGGGAUGGCGAAGAUGCAGUUGGUGCGGCUGGGCGUUGCGCUGAUAGCCGUGGUGGCGUGUCUACUGUCCGCGCCACCAGCACACGCGGACGAAUUUAUGGACGAGCUGCUGAACGAGUUCGAUGACGAAGACGAGGCACUGCUGCGACACAUCGAGGCGAAACACGUAAGCCAAGACUACGAGCAGGAGGAUCAGAUGGCGCGCGAACUGGCGGCCCGUAUUGCGGCCGAACACUAUGGUCACCAGGGGCAGGAAGAGGAGGAUGCCGUGCUGGAUGGCCGUGCACCGCGUCUUAUCGAUCCGUGCAAGGGCGUCCGGUGCGGUGCCGGGCGUGUGUGCAAGGCAAACAUUGCGGAACAGCGUGGUGAGUGCGUAUGCAUCCCGGAAUGUCCGAGCGAAACCGAUCCGCGGCGCAAGGUAUGCACCAACCGGAACGAAACCUGGGACUCAGCCUGUGAGGUACAUCGUCAGCGGUGUCUGUGCAACACGGGCGAUGCGGGCUGCCGGCACGAGGAGCUGCGCCACGUGCACAUCGACUACUACGGCACCUGCCGCGAGAUGCCCGAGUGCAGCGAGAACGAUCUGGCCGACUUCCCGCGCCGUAUGCGCGACUGGCUGUUCAACGUGAUGCACGAUCUGGCGGUGCGCAACGAGCUGCCGGAAGCGUACAUGGAGCUGGAGCACGAGGCCGAAACGAACAUGACCAAGCGCUGGACGAAUGCGGCGAUCUGGAAGUGGUGCGAGCUGGACGGACAUCCGCACGACAACACCGUGUCCCGGCAUGAGCUGUUCCCGAUCCGGGCACCGCUGUUCGCGCUGGAGCACUGUAUCGCACCGUUCCUGGAGAGUUGCGACCCGAACCGGGACCAUCGCAUCUCGCUGCAGGAGUGGGGCAAGUGUUUGGAGCUGGAGGAGGACGAUCUGACCGCACGCUGUGCGGAGAUCUCCAAGGAGGACGAACUCAACACGUCCGACCUGCACGAUGCGUUCGUCUAGUGCAGCUCUGCACCGAACGCUUUCUGUCCUCCACCCCUUAUUCCCUAACACCCCUGGCACGUCCAAUAGCGGAUGGGCCUCGAAUCCACAAUGGAUGCGUUUAGGUGGUAUGGCACUACUAGAGUCAUUGGUGAGGGUACCCAUUAUAUAGCAAUUUUUUUCCGCUGCUCAGAGGCAGCGGCACACCAUUGUUCCCGUCGUCUAACUAAUCCAGUAAUCGGUAAUAUAGCGAACAGCAAGAGGGAUCGUUUCCGUCUUCAGACACAAAACCAAUAACUCUCGAUUCUAUUGGUUCGCCUACACUAACCUAUCCCAUGCAUGCAGAACGGUAGGAUUCUAUCGCAAAUUCGCCUAGAAGCAGCCACGAAUCACAUAUGGAGCGUAUGCUUGGAAUAGUGCCGUUCCCUGUUUGUCCUUGUUUUAAUAAAAAAAACGGACCACGCAUUUCGCUCCUACCUUCAAAAUUAAAGGA